AUUAAUAUUGCAGUUAAAAUUUCGGCAUCAUUAGGGCGUAUUGUUGGGGGUGUUAUAACUUCUGCUGAAGAACAUCCGUAUAUGGUGUCUCUUAGAUUUCGUGAUAAACAUAUUUGUGGGGGUACUAUUGUAUCCAAUCGUUACAUUCUUUCUGCUGCACAUUGUCUUGUUAGAAUUUCGCCAUUUUUAUUCACCAUCAUAGCUGGAACAAGUUCUCAACACGAAAUAGGUGACGUUUAUUUCGUUCACUUUCCAAUAGUCCAUUCAUUUAAAAUAAAUGAUGGCUCUAAUGAUAUAGCUCUUCUUAGAACAACAUCCAAUAUUAGAUUCCAUGAUAAAGUUCAGCCGAUUGAACUUACUGAUGUAGACAUUAAUGAAGAUAAGUAUCCAGUGACCAUGAUUGGUUGGGGUCGGCUUACGGUAAAUAACUUCAUGUAUAUUGGGCCGACUUCAACGUACUUACAAAAAAUAAAUUUGAAUAUUAUUGAUAACAUAACUUGCAAGCGAGAAUGGAAUUUUAUUAAUGAAGGACACAUUUGUGUGGCAACUACUUUGAAGCAAGGAAGUUGUUUAGGCGAUUCAGGUGGUCCAAUAGUUGCUAACGAUCGGCAAAUCGGAAUAAUAUCCUUUGGAAAAAUGUGUGCUGCAGGAAAACCUGAUGUUGCAACCAGAAUUUAUCAUUAUUUUAAUUGGGUUCGCAGCUAUGUUUUAUUUUAAAUUGUAUAAUCAAUAUAUAAAGAUACUUUUUCUAUUUGUUAGCACCUAUUAAAAUCAUAAAAAUAAAUCUGUUAU